AAGUCUUCAAUGGGGUAGCCUAUGUGGCCGAAGCUCCAAUGCAAAAGUCACUUGACCACAACGAUCAGUUCGCCUGGCGUCAUCAAAGUGCGCGGAGGUGUCACUGGAAGAUUCAAGAAAACUUUUAAAAUGUGCAGCAAAAUCAAAGGAUGGCUGUUGGGCACUGGCCAGGAGGACAACAUUUUCCGCAGCGAGAAGAUGUCCUUGGCGCAGAUGUUUCUGCAGCCAGAGGCAGCCUAUGAGACCAUAUCACAGCUGGGUGAAUUAGGCUGUGUGCAGUUUCGCGAUAUGAACGAGGGCAUGACGGCGCAGCAGCGCAAAUUCGUCAACGAGGUGCGUCGCUGCGAUGAGUUGGAGCGGAAAAUUCGUUAUACAACCUCAGAGCUGCAAAAGGAUGGCUUCAAGGUAGUUGAUCUGAUCGAGGACUUUCCGCCCGCACCUAAUCCGAAGGAGAUUAUCGAACUGGAGAUGCUGCUGGAGAAGACAGAGUCGGAGAUCAUUGAGCUGUCCGCGAACAAUGUUCGCUUGCAGACCAACGCUUUGGAGUUGACUGAAAUGAUUCAGGUGCUGGAAAGAACGGAGCAGUUCUUCUCCGAUCAGGAAUCUCACAACUUCGAUCUGAACAAGCGUGGCACUCACAAUGAUCCGGAGAAAUGUGACGGCAGUCUGGGCUUUGUGGCAGGCGUCAUUCGCCGAGAGCGACAGUUCGCGUUUGAGAGAAUGAUGUGGCGCAUUUCGCGUGGCAAUGUCCUGAUACGCAGCUGCGAAAUGGAGGCACCCGUUAAAGAUCCUCGUACGGGUGACAUGGUCAACAAGACCAUCUUUGUAGUCUUCUUCCAGGGCGAUCAGCUGCAGUCGCGUAUACGUAAAGUGUGCACUGGCUUCCAUGCCUCCAUGUACCCUUGUCCGAGUUCGCAUCAGGAGCGCGUGGAUAUGAUUAAAAGCGUGCACACGCGCAUUGAGGAUCUGAAGAUUAUUAUAAGCCAGACCGAAGACCAUCGCUCCUGUGUGCUGAAGGCGAUUCUGAAGCAGCUGCCCACCUGGUCGGCCAUGAUCAAGAAAAUGAAGGCCAUUUACUUCACCCUGAACAUGUUCAAUGUGGACCUGGGCAGCAAGUGCUUGAUUGGCGAGUGCUGGGUGCCACAGCGUCAUCUUGAGGAGGUGGAGGCCGUGUUGUCCGAGGCAUCGCUUGCUCUGGGUAGCACAGUGCCCACGAUAUUCAAUAUACUUGACACAAGGAAGGAGCCGCCCACAUAUUUCCGUACCAACAAGUUUACCUAUGGCUUCCAGACGUUGAUUGAUGCUUAUGGUAUUGCGAAAUACCGCGAAGUAAAUCCAGGACUCUACACAUGCAUAUCGUUCCCCUUCCUGUUUGCCGUGAUGUUUGGGGAUAUGGGUCACGGAUUUUUGGUCUUUCUACUCGGCCUUUGGAUGGUGGUCGACGAGAAGCGACUCGUCAAGAAGCGGGCUGGUGAGAUAUGGAAGAUUCUGUUCGGUGGACGUUAUAUUAUAAUGCUGAUGGGACUUUUUGCUGUCUACACGGGAUUUCACUAUAAUGAUUGCUUCUCCAAAUCGUAUAAUAUAUUCGGCUCACAUUGGGUAUUGCAGUACAAUCGAACUACGGUGCUCACGAAUCCUGCACUCCAGUUGAAUCCUGCGACGGACCAACGUGGCGUGUAUCCCAUGGGCAUCGAUCCAAUCUGGCAAUCGGCAUCUAAUAAGAUCAUCUUCCUGAACACUUACAAAAUGAAGCUGUCCAUUAUCUUUGGCGUUCUACACAUGAUCUUUGGCGUCUGCUUAUCCGUUGAGAACUUUGUGUACUUUAAGAAGUAUUCCCUAAUUUUCCUACAGUUUUUGCCGCAAGUUAUUUUCCUCAUUAUGCUGUUCGGCUACAUGGUGUUCAUGAUGUUUUUCAAGUGGUUUCAAUACAAGGCCACCGCAACCGAUAUAGCCUAUACACCCGGUUGUGCCCCAUCUGUGCUCAUUAUGUUUAUCGACAUGAUUCUGAUGAACGAGGAGGUUCCCUCCCCCGGUUGCAUGCCCACCAUGUUCCCCUCGCAAAGAACGCUGGAGACGACACUAUUCGUUAUAGCCAUUAUAUGUAUUCCUUGGAUUCUGCUCGGCACGCCCCUCUGGACCAUCUGUACUCGCAAAUAUAGGAAGCGCAAGACUGAACGCACUGGCGACACCAUUAUGGAGACAAUUGAAAUCUCUGGCAAGGAGGUCAUUAUUACAGAGGUAGAAAAGGGACACGGUAAGGGAUCGCAUAUGGACGAAGAGGAAGAGGAAGAGCCAAUGGGCGAGAUUUGGAUACACCAGGCCAUCCAUACGGUUGAGUACAUUCUGAGUACGAUCUCCCAUACGGCCUCAUAUCUGCGUCUCUGGGCUUUGUCCUUGGCGCACGCGGAGCUUUCGGAAGUCUUGUGGACCAUGGUGCUGUCCAAGUCCUUGACGAUGACGACUAAUUACGUUGGCUGCAUUGCCGUUUUCAUAAUCUUCGCCAUCUGGGUGUUCUUCACAAUCGCCAUCAUGGUGAUGAUGGAGGGUUUGUCAGCAUUCCUGCACACGUUGCGUCUGCAUUGGGUUGAGUUUAUGAGCAAGUUCUACUCGGGCACUGGCUAUGAUUUCGAGCCGUUGAGCUUCAAGGCCAUAUUGAUGGCAGACGAAGAAGACUAGUCGAGGCGUUUAUGUAAUCUUUUGUGGGUCAAAUAUAGUACCCAUUAAUAAAAUGCAGCAUACCAAAAUAAA